AGCUGCAGCCGGUGCCACGCUCGCAGCACGCCGAAACCCCCGAGCGCCUGCGGAACCCCCCCCGAGACCCCCUCACCAUGGUGGACGCCUUCGUGGGCACCUGGAAGCUGGUGGAGACCAACAAUUUCGAUGAGUACAUGAAGGCUCUGGGCGUGAGCUUUGCCACGCGGCAGAUGGCCGGGCUCACCAAGCCCACCACCAUCAUCGAGGUGAACGGGGACAAGGUCACCGUGAAGACCCAGAGCACCUUCAAGAACACCGAGAUCAGCUUCAAGCUGGGCGAGGAGUUCGACGAGACCACGGCGGACGACAGGCACGUCAAGUCUGUGGUGAAGCUGGAUGGAGGGAAACUCGUCCACGUGCAGAAGUGGGACGGGAAGGAGACAACGCUGGUGCGAGAGCUGAAGGAUGGGAAGUUAAUUCUGACUCUCACCCUUGGCAACGUGGUCUGCACCCGCACCUACGAGAAGGCGACAUAGGCGCUGUCCCCGCCCCGCACUGUCACCCGGUGCCACGUCCAUCCCAUCUCCCACAUCCCCACCCCGUGCUGGGCACAGCUCCACGUGGGAUUGGAGCCUCCUGCUGCCCCCGCCCCGGCGCCUCCCGGGGCCUGGGGGGGGUGGGUUUGUGGUUUGUUUUUGGCGUUGUUUUUUUUAACUAAUAAUGGGAAAAGUCGUGUGGAAAAAGAAUAAAGGCCGUGUUGUUACA